GCCCCCCUUACUCGGGAAGGAGCCGGGCUUUCCCGAUCCCGUAUUGGGGGGGUUCGCUCUCUGCUCGGACAACUUUGCAGCCAGCUCCAUCGCGCACCUGUAACUUCCUCCCCUUAGCACGGAGCACCCGGAGCCUGGGAGACUCCAGCUGAUGGCUGGGGGCCGUGGACACUGGGAUGUCACCCCCUGCCCCCUUUUGCUGACUAUUCCUCUCCCUGGUGUUCCCAGCCCCCAAGCCCCCGGGAGGGACCCAGGCGACCAGCGCUUUGCAGCGAUCUCCCGUUCACACAGGACUUUUCCCACGCGGAUCCUGGCACAGCUCAGAGUCGUCUUCGUCUUUUUUUUCUGUUUUUGCAGCGUGUUACCCACCUCCAUCCCCGCCGCUCCAGCAGGUAGGCAGCUGCUCCCCCUGGCCUGCCCCCCGUCUGCGUGGAUUGCCGUGGGGCGGUAGGGGGCUAAGCUUCCAGCUGCUUCCCGUCCACACCCGUUUGAAAGCCUGUAAAAAGGGGUGGGGGGAAGAGAGGCGAAGAUCUGGUCCCCGUUUAGCUGGCUUCGGUGGGAGAAGAGGCGGCUGGAUCAGCUGGGAAGCAGGGCCGGUUUAUUUCAGACCUGGAUCUUACCAAGAAGAAUCCACGGACAUGCAGACGUUCCUUCCAGCAAUACAAGUUCUUUUCCCAACCAUGCUGGGACACAGUCAGAACUGGCAUACUGCAGGGAAGAGUACCAUUCACAGAAGCAUCAACUCUACUUUCUGCAGAAGACUGUUUUCUUCAGACAUUGACUCCCCACCUGCGAAUUUCAAAAUCAGAACAAACUAUUUCCUACUAUUACUGAGAGCAGAAGGAACUUACACUAUGGCCCACUGUGAAUGUAGUGGAUGAAAGAGAAAUAACCUGCUGAGUUGACUGCAAGACGUAUUCCUUUCCAAACAGCUCCUGAGGAUGCAACCUAUUAUGAUGAGCUAUUGGUCUGUUCCAGGAACAAGAUGUUUGUGAAUGUUAAUCUAUCUCAGCCUUAAAAAAAUUGGGAAAGGAAAAAUGGAUCCUUUAUAUUUUUCCAGUGCUUUUGGCAUGGAGGUCAGUGCCCAAGAUGUAAAUUCCUCCUCACUGAUGAACAUGACGAACAAUAGGACUAUGACAGGACUUCCUGUGUCCAAAGAUGUUCACACAGUUCUUAUCUCUAUCAUAUACUUCCUUGUAUGUGCAAUCGGACUCAGUGGGAACACCUUGGUCAUUUAUGUGGUUUUGCGUCAUGCCAAGAUGAAAACAGUCACCAACAUUUACAUCUUGAAUUUAGCCGUAGCCGAUGUACUCUUCAUGCUUGGCUUGCCAUUCCUGGCUACUCAGAACACCAUCUCUUACUGGCCCUUUGGCUUCUUUUGGUGUCGGCUUGUUAUGACCUUAGACGGCAUUAAUCAAUUCACCAGUAUCUUUUCCUUGACUGUCAUGAGUAUGGAUCGCUACCUUGCAGUAGUUCAUCCCAUCAAGUCCACCAAAUGGCGGCGUCCAAGGGUGGCCAAACUGAUCAGUAUAACGGUCUGGACUUUCUCAUUCUUGAUGGUUCUUCCAGUCAUUAUAUUUGCAGAUGUUCAGGAACACCUUCAUACCUGCAACAUGAACUGGCCAGAGCCAGUAAACAUAUGGUCAGCAGUCUUCAUCAUUUACACAUCGGUCUUAGGAUUUUUUGGACCCCUGCUGGUGAUCUGCCUCUGCUACCUGCUGAUCGUGAUUAAGGUCAAGUCUUCUGGGGUCCGAGUUGGGUCCACAAGGCGCAGGCGGUCAGAGAGGAAAGUGACCAGGAUGGUGGUCAUCAUUGUGGUCGUCUUUGUGUUUUGCUGGCUCCCGUUCUAUAUACUGAACAUUGUCAAUUUGAUAUCCACCUUGCCGGAAGAGCCUGGGUUACUCGGUGUUUACUUCUUUGUGGUGGUUCUGUCCUAUGCAAACAGCUGUGCCAACCCCAUACUUUAUGGAUUUCUCUCUGACAACUUCAAGCAGAGUUUUCAGAAAGUUUUAUGUCUCCGGAAGGGGAAUGGUGUUGAAGACGGAGAUCCAACCAAGCACAGGCAGGAGAACAGCAGUCGCUUGCAAGAAGCAAUGCUAACCCAGAGAAACAUGGAAUUCAAUGGACAUAUGCAAACGAGUAAGGUGUGAGGUCCUGGCUUGAAAAACUGUAAAUAAACUGCAGAGCUGAAAAACUGGUGGGGGAUGUGUGUGUGCAAAUCAGAGAUAAAACUGAAAUCCUGAGACCCACAAGCUCAAACAAAUGUACAUAGAUUCCCUCUCCCCAUGAAUUAGGGAUUAUAUUGAAUUCUGUGGAAUGCCUAAGGCAUGUAGCUAAAGCAAUUGGACAUGUUAUCACUUUCUCUUUCUAUAUGCAGGGGACAGAUUUAGUGGUACUUUCUGGCUGCUGGCUGCCAUUCUGGUGAUGCAAAGCAGCUGUGAAUCUGUUUUAACCAUCCUAUUUGUUUUGCAUUGCCGGAUCAGCAAAAAGCAGAGAGUGUAUUGGUUCAUUUGCCCCAAAGUAUUCUCAAAAGUUUGUUAAGUGAAUGUUUUAUAUUAAAAAAGGAAAAAGCACUAUUUCUUAAGUGGCAGUUUUCAAAGUAACAUAGCUCACAGCACUAAUUUACUGAUCUUGGAAGUAUGCAUAUGCCAUAGUUUUGAAAUGCUGCUUAACCAUUUGCAUUGUUUUACUGUAAUUAUCCCACAUAAGAGACUCCAAAUGCCCAGAAGUGUUUCAAGUCAAUUGAACCUCACCCCUUACAAAUAAAAAUACCUUGAAAAAGAAUUAUUAAAUGAAUGUGAAAUGGAAAAUUCAUUCAUAGUGCGUAUAACAUUCUAAUCCAAGCUGCUUAUGAAAUGUAACGCCGUCACUUUAUUACUAUGUAAAUGACAGUGAUUGUGAAGUCCUGAAAAGCUGUUCUGUGUCUAUUUAUUGGUUCUGAAUGUAAGUAUGGAUCUGAAUUUAAAUUGUAUUUUCAGAAAUUAAAACAAGUUGAAUUCC